AUUAACUUCAGAUAUGCGUAGAUUGAUAGUCUGCGUCGAUGGCGCAUGGGAAGAUAGCACAGAUAGAGUUGGCGUUGAUUCAAAUAUUCUACACUUACUUAGGUCUAUUGAAAGUGUUGAUAAGAGAACGCGCCCAGCUACGAUGCAAUACGCUCAUCAUACAACCGCACAUUUCAGCAAUAGCUUAGUCUCACAGAUACUUGGCGUAGCUUAUCAGGGCUUCGCUAAUCUCCUUUUUGAACUCUAUUCGUUCAUUUCAAUGAAUUACAGCGAAGGCGAUGAGAUUUUCAUCUUUGGGUUUAGUAAAGGUGCUUAUAUGGCUCGUAUAUUGGCAGCUAUACUCAAUGAUGUUGGAGUUCUACCUCGUGAUGAUGUCAGACAGUUCUUUGUGAUACUCAAAGCAUACAUUGAUCGCAAGAACGGAGGAACACGAGUUGAUGAAGCCAAUAAUGUUUUAAAACCAUGGUUGCUUUCUUCACCUGAUAAUACGCGUCAUAAAGACCAACAAUUUAUUGUCAAAUGCCUCGGAUUAUUCGACUGCACGGUUCAGUCUUCAUAUAAACUACCAAUCAUAGGCUCGCGAGUUUCGAGUAUUAUUAAUAAACCAGAAUAUUGUUUUGGGUUACCGGACGCUCUUCUUGGACAUCGUAUCGAACAUUGUUACCAUGCACUCGCACUCAACGAGAAUAGAUCCAAUCUGCGAGAUCUACGUCUUGAACUCUCAAACACCGGCAGAGAGAAGGGUCAGAAGUGCAAACAAGUUUGGUUUACAGGCAGCAGUGGUGACAUUGGUGGAUCAUACUCUGUGAGGGAAUUGGCAGACUUGACAAGAAUCUGGAUGGCUGGUCAACUUGAUCCAAUUAUCUCUUUGAAUAAGGAAAUGCUCAAAGAGCAAUUCGCAAUGCCGGUUUUCAGAUGGGGUUUGCAACCACCGCAUAACCCUUAUACAUCGAAGUUGACAGCUUUAAUGCCGGUCAAACGCACACCUAAAUUUGUUACAGGAGGCACAGAGAAACUUCAUCCUAGUGUUCUAUCAGGGUCGUUCGAUCUAGCUGAACCACUGAUUGCAGCUAUAGAACGAAACACAGAUUUAAUUGAAGAAUUGAGUGCAUUGGAGGAUGAGGUAAUGAGAGAAUGGACAUUGUCUAACAAUCAUGACGCUGAUCAUCUUGAAAUUACCUACGCUAUCGAUCAUAAACACUUUGAUGAAGAGCAAGAUGAAACUAGGUUUCAAAAAUUUCUCUACCAGCUUCAAUUAAUCUUUGUUUAUAUCAUUUUAAUCUUUUUACGGAAAAUUGAGUUAUUAUUUGGAUUUUAUCAUAUCAAGUAGCAAUAGCAAGAAGAUUUUGUAAUUUUAGUUGUAAUAGCAAGCUAUGAAAUGUAUGGUUUACAAUCUAUUUAUUGCAUCGAAAUGAUCUAUUGUCUAUAUGCUGGGUACCUGCGAAACCAAUCCACAUAAAUUUUCAUACCGUUCUGAUGCAAC